ACAUGUCACGUGUCCUGUGUGUACAGAGAGAUAAAGAUGGCGGCUAGAAGGGAGAGAUCUGUGCUGUGCAAUGAGCAGAUUAUCAGUCUUGUCAGGGAACGUCCUGCACUCUAUGACACCUCACACGCGGCGUAUAAAGAGCGCGGCACGCGAGACACAGCAUGGCGGGAAGUUGCCUGCGUUUGUUUUCACAAUUGGGAAUCUUUAUCGGCUGCAGAGCAGUCCAAAAAUAUGAAAUAUUUGCAAAGAAGAUGGAGGAUUCUCAAAGAUGGUUAUCAAAGAUUUAUUCUCCAACAGCGAAAGGCCAGGAGGGGUUCUGGAGCAAAGAGAACGUUCGUAUACGCCCAUGGGCGGGAGCUUGAGUUUUUGAGGCCGGCCUUGGAAUGCAGAGAAACACAAGCUAGCUGGGAAGACAGCCCACUGGAUUCUGAUGAGGAGGAGGAGGAGGAUGAUGAUGAGUAUUUGGAAGAGCCGUUGGGGGAAAGUGGGUCAACCUCAAGGUCUGUUGCCCCGAUGGCAGAAGAGGGCGAUGAACCCGGGCCUAGCCGCGCCUACGCGCCUGCAAGAAAAGCUACAAGAGGGAGUAGUAGGAGCGCUGAACUGAUUGACGAACUUUUCAAACUCAUGGAGAAGCUGUCCCGCAAAAUAGACGAGAGCAAAGAUGAGGAUGUAGCAUUUACCAAAUUGAUCACGAGUAUUGUCAGGGAAGUCCCUCCAGAGAGGAAACCUGCUGCGCAUAUGGCUUUGCUGAAAGUUGCUCAGUCCUUUGUGGACGGCACCUACCCCUGUUACCAACCACCUCUAUAUACUCUGUACUGAUACAUUGUUCAUUAUGUUUUUGCACAGUUUUUGUUGUUGUUUUUCACAGCUGGGAUUGCGUUGCUGUUUUUUCACAAUAAUUGAAUACAGGGGUCUCCCACUCUCUACUGGUACGUCAUUGGUCUUCAAGUGGUAAUACCGGGAGGAUAUGCAGCUGCAGGCAUCACCUCGGUACCGGUUUUCGGAGCCGUGGUCAGUAAAUUGUAAUGGCAAAUGGAGCUGCUCAAUUGCUACGACAAGCAGCGGGAGAUGGCGUUCCCGUGCCUCCUUCCGCGGCUUGCUCUGGCUCUCUAGUUCCACCGGGAGACCUCGGCAACCAACCGGCGCGUCUACCAACUGGUCCAACAAAGCCAAGAUCGGCUUUGAUCAGCUCUUCACUAUGGCAGUCAUGGCGAUCCUUGGCACCC